CAUCAUGAUGGCCUCCAAAGAGUUGCUCCUUCUUCAGCUACUCCUGCUGACCUCCCUGGUGUCAGCGUCUCAUCACUGGGGCGGAAGCAUGAACGUCGCCUUCAAAGGAAGAAACCCUGAUGGAUCGUUUAAGCUGUCCAUCCGAGCCAGAGACACAUAUGAUACCUGUGAUAACCACCACUACUGGUACUGUUACAUUGGGAAUUGUAGCUCCGCAUCUAGCAGACAAAUAUCUCAAAUAGACAGUAGCACCAAUACACAAUUCUACAAAAGCCGAUGGUGCGAAACAGAAAAUAUUGAGAGUUGGAGCCUCCCUACCGACAAACCGGUGCAGUUCAGGGCAGCUAGCUGCUGCUGGAUCUCAACCCGUAACUCCGUCAGUAACUGGAGGUUUAUCACUCUUGUGGAUUUGGGAACGAGGUCGGACACAAGAAAACCAAAUAAAUCACCAAAUAUUGCUGUUCUUCCCAUCAUCAGAGUUCCUCAGAACUGUCCCAGAACAUACAAGCUGGCAUCGUUUGAUCCCGAUGGUGACCACGUACGGUGCAGGUACGGGAACGUCCCAAAUAUAGAAUGUGAUACCUGCAAUUCAAUCCCAGGUUUCCAACUUGAUCAGGAUUCUUGCACAUUACGCUACCAGUCCACCAGUGCCGAUUACAGAUCUUUUGGGUUUGAGAUGGUGGUAGAAGACUUUCCACAAAGCUCGAUUGAUCUGUUCUAUUCAGAUGGAUCGAAAGCUCACAAGUCCCCACUGAUUACAAGGAUGAAGAGGCAAGCAGCGACCAAUCAGCCUACAACAGGUGCACCGGCAACCAUUAUCCCAUGGUGGCAGGGGUGGACAUCUCCCACAACAACUACAACUUCAACUAUGGCCACAACGACACCAACAACUACUGCAACAACAAUUUCAAGUACACGAACAACUACUGCAACCACUACCCCGGGGUGGUGGACAAUACCUACCUCAUCAAGAUUGCAAUCUACGACCCCACAAAAUGCAAACAUUUCCCCUAUCAGUAAAUUACCUCUACAGUUCGCUUUCCUUGUUGACCCACCCGUUCCUUCAUGCCAGGAGGGACUGUACCUGCCUAAGUUUGUGGCUCCAACACCGUCAGAUGGAGAACGGGUCGUGGCAGAGGUCCAAAAAGAGCUAUUGAUCAGAGUCAAAGCACAGGCCACAUAUUCAUUGAUCGAUAAUCUGAUUUUCAGUGGGCCAACAAACAUCACCAAGCACAGGCGCACACAUAACGAAUUUGUAAUCAGGUGGACACCAGUUGAAGACGACCUGGGAGAUUAUUAUCCAAUCUGCUUUGCUGUGGAAUCAGUGAACGGAUCCUAUGUCUAUCAGACUGAGAUGAGGUGUGUUCUGGUGGAAAUCAGAAAGGAACAAAUUGAAGCCACAGUGACCUGCACUGAAUCCACAAUGAAGGUGGAGGUUGAAAAAGCUUCCUUCUUUGGACUCCAAGAGGAUCAUCUUCGCCUCAGUGACCCCAGUAACACCAUCUGCAGCCUUGACAGGCUCUCCAACAGCACUCACAUAGUCGCCAUCAUUCCUCUCAACGGCUGUGGUACUCAGAUCGAGGAAGAUGAAGAUAACCUCAUUUUUAAGAAUGAGAUCACCACAACGGAUGAUGCCCCGAACACACUGAUCACCAGGAAGCAUCUGUUGGAGGCCCGGUUCUACUGCCAGUACCCCAAACGGGGCAAUGUGACCUUGAGCUUCUCAGUGCACAGAAAGAACAUCAGGGUGUGGGAGAAAGGUUUUGGCACGUUCACCUACCAGUUCGAAUUCUACCAGGAUGACCAGUUUGGAGCCAUGUUCGACCCAAACUCAUACCCUCUGGAGUUUGACAUCAGAAACAGGAUUUACAUGCAGAUAGACGCCAGCUCCUCCGUCAACGACACCAUGAUGUUUGUGGAGUCCUGCAGAGCUGCGCCAUAUGACAACCCCAACUACCAGCCAACCUACUCCAUCAUUGAGAACGGGUGCGAAGUUGACCCGACUGUGCAGAUCCACCCCACCCCCAACGACAGACAGUUCAGGUUCAGCAUGGAGGCCUUCAAGUUCAUUGGGUUGCAUGAUCAGGUGUACAUCAGCUGCACAGUUAUGAUGUGUGAAGCAGGGAACCCCAACACAAGGUGCUCGCAGGGAUGCAUCAACUCCCCAUGGUCCAACAACUUAGGCCGCAGAAAGAGAGAGGCUACGGUCGAGAGCGGAAAGCACUUAAUUUCCCAGGGUCCUCUGCGUUUGAGGCGUGCAGCAGACCCCAGAGGAGGCUCAGCAUUCAACCUGAACCUGAACCUGGUGUUAGUUGCUGGAUGUCUUCUUCUUGCUGUUGGGAUGGUCUGUGGUGUGAUCAUCUACAGAACCAAAACCUCCAGGGCCAAAUAUCAGCCUCUGCGCUCAUAUGAGAACUAAAACUGCAGCGUCUGCCAGGCUGUUUGGAUUAUUAGCAUGUGGGAUUAUGGGUGUUUUUUAAUUUAGUCUUUUAAUUUUUAAUUUGUUUAACCAAUAAAGAUGCAUUUAUAGAAGUAGUUAAAAUAGAAGAAAAUUCACCUGAAAUAUAUGGUUUUCUAUGAAGCAAUACUGGAUGAAGCACCCUUGGCUCUGCAGCUGCUGAGUUUCUGCUCUGUCAUGAGGAUUUACUUUUUCCUGUUCAUUAUUACAUUAUAAUAUGAAGAAGGUGGCACAGAUGAAGUGUUUGUUUCUGUUCUGUUAUAAUCAGCCAGCCUUGAACAAAUGUAUGUUACUCUUUACUGUAGGGGUCCAUCUUUGAAAGAAACAACAUUUUUAUCUUUUGUUCCUGUGUGUAAAGGUGGACUUGAUAUUUCUAAAUUGCUUAAUAAAAAUACUCAUUUAACGAUUAA